AACAAAGAAUGCCAGCAAACCAAACAAUAAAGACUGGCCCUUUCCUUGCUUUUCUCUUACUCCAUUAAGACCAACAAUAACAGUACUGCUUCUCAUUGAUCCUCUCUCCCCCCUUAUCCCUUAAUCUUUGCUUAAUGUAAGCGAAGAAGGAAAAGAAAAGGCGGGGUCUGUUAUUUAUUUUUUUGUCAGAUUAGGGCUUAUUUUUUUACCUCUUAAACACAGUCAGAUACACAUAAAUGGAAUCAUCAGAUUAAAUUCCAUGACAGCCAACAUGGGGCACUGGAUGCUAAAGUCUGGAUUUUUGGAUCGAUUCUUUGAUGGUUUCACUCAAGUUUAGGAGAGAGUGCAUGUUGUUUAUACGCAAUUUACUUUGAGAUUUGUCAAGAAAUAGAUGCUGAUAUAGGGAGUUUUUGGUUGCUUUGUUUCCGGGUUUUAAUCAUAGUUUGAUAUAAAUCACACCUUGAAGCCAUAAUAUCUGUCGGCUUCUGCUGCAUUUUGGAGUAAAUAGUGUUGAAGAUGGAGGGUCAAGUAGCUUUUAGUGAUGGGUCUUCAGCGAGUUUAGUGAGGGGGGGAAUGAAAUUGGAGGAGGACGAGGAAGAUUUCCGUAGUUGUUGUGAAGAUGAAGAAGUGUGGAAAGAGAUUGAAGAUAUAGUGAAGGAAGAGACAAGGGAAGAUCUUGAUGAAUUUUCAGUGAAGAUGUUUUUCAAGGGGAUGUCAGUGGCUGAGGAUGGGGACUCUGGUUCUGGGUUCUCUGGAAUUGGUGUUGUCAUGGAAAGGACUAAAUAUGCUCCUGUUAUUCAGGUGCAAAAGAAGCUCGACUUCUAUGUGGAUGAAUCUGUUGCUGACUAUUUGGCUCUGAUGGAUGGUCUUGCUGAGGCUAUGCAGAACAAUAUCCGCCGUGUGUAUGCGUUCACUGACUCUGAGCUGUUAUAUGAUCAGAUAAUAAACGAGGAGAAACUUGAGGUUCCACUUCUGAUAGCACUGAGGCAAAGGAUACUUGAACAUGCCAGCAACCUGGAAGCUUUUGUUCUGAAACUCAGUCCCUGCUGUGAUCUUGAGAGGCCAUUACGCUUAGCACAGGUUGCAGUUGGGGUCGUUUCUUUUCCAUCCAAUGGGAGUGAAUCCCAUGAUAACUGUUCUAUCUGUUGUGAGGAUAAGAUGUCGCCAAUGAUGAUAACAAUGAAAUGUUCUCACAAAUUCUGCUCACAUUGUAUGAAGACCUAUGUUGAUGGAAAAGUACAGUCAUCUCAAGUGCCAAUCAUAUGCCCACAGUUGGGAUGCAAAUAUUGCAUUUCCAUCAAUGAAUGCAGAUCAUUUCUUCCUCUCACUUCAUAUGAAUCUCUGGAAAAUGCCCUGGCUGAAGCUGAUAUUCACCAUUCUGAUAGAAUCUACUGUCCCUAUCCUAAUUGUUCUGUCCUGCUUGAUCAUCGAGAAUGUUUGUCAGCUAGGGUAAGUUCAUCAAGUGAGUCUGAUAAUACCUGUAUUGAGUGCCCUGUAUGUCGAAGGUUUAUCUGUGUGGAAUGUGGGGUUCCUUGGCAUUCUUCCAUGAGGUGUGAAGAGUACCAGAACCUUCCAUUAGAAGAGAGGGAUGCUGCAGACAUUACCUUGCAUCUUCUGGCACAAAAUAAAAGAUGGAGGCGUUGUCAACAGUGCCGCAGGAUGAUUGAGCUCUCUCAAGGUUGCUCCCAUAUGACCUGCUGGUGUGGGCAUGAGUUCUGUUAUUCUUGUGGUGCUGAAUAUAGGAAUGGGCAACAGACCUGUCAAUGUGCCUUCUGGGACGAAGAAAAUUCUGAAGAUUUGGUCACCCAGUCAGCUCAAGAAUCAGAACAAUGGGCAUGGGAGACUUAUAACUCACUACCCAUGCUUAUGGAUGCUUACUCAGAACAAGAGAGGUCACAGCUGGCACUAAUUCAAAGGUUCCUUGCUGGGGGUUUCAGUCUGAGUGACCACCAUCCAUACCAAUCUCCGCCCAGCUGUACAGACUCGUAUGUAGAUGCCAUGAAGGAUCUUCAUCAGCUUCCUUGGCUUGAGAGGUUUGUCUCUGUAAUAAGCGACAACUACUACGAAGACUAUAUCCAAUGAAAGCUAAUAUAGGAGUGCUAAUAAACUAGAAAAAAGGUUGCAUAUCUUCUCAACCUUAAGGGAGGUAAAAGAGCAUCUCACUCUAUUUACUCCAUUUGCAUCUACACGGGAAUUGCAGAAAUUGGGACGUCUUUUUCCUUCAUAGCCUUUUCAUCAUCUCCACCGGACUAUAUGUGAUCUUUAAGGUGCAUAAGCUGGAAGCAGAACGAAUGCUUGAGAAGCAUUCUUCUUGAAAGAAACAGAAAAUAGAUAAAACAUUAUUACAUAGUAAAUUGAAAGAAAAUGAAACAAAGUUGUUAUCUUUUCCUUUUUUCUCUACUGUGAAUUGUUGUAAUGAAGGAAAGCUUUCACUUUUAGUGCUUGGAAGUUGAUGAAACAAUUGGUUAAAUCGAGCUUGUUAAACCA